CUAAUGUUGUUGUUGAACCAAGAUAUACAACUUUUUGUGAAUACUGGUUCAAAUGUUUCCACAGUGAUGAAAAAAAUCAGUUCUUAGCCUGAUUAUACAUAAUUGGAACUGAUUUAAAGUUGUACAGACUUUUCUUUCCUUACUGUAUCUUUUUUCUGCCCUGCACCUGCAUGUAUUUUUUUUAGAUUUUUUUAGCACAUAUAAUAUCAUCCCCAUGUUCACAAAAGAACUCCCAGUCCAAAGUGCAGAACUAAUCUCCCAUAUCGCUCAAUUGCGCUUUUCAACAUCUCCUCUCCCGCAGUCUCUGUCCCCACCAUCCCCUUCUGUUUUAAACCCCUCCCUAGUAGGGAUGUGGCUGCCAUGGCAACUGCUGAAUCAUCCUCCGCCAUCCAUCUGCAGCGUCCUCUAAUUCCAUCUCCUCCUGCAGCCAGGCCCUCCGGCAUCCAGGCCUGUAUUAGCGUAUUGAUCUAACACUUCAAUUUGCUAUAUGAGUUGCAGCAUUCUGUGCAGGUUAGUCUCAGAGGACACAGAGGAGCAGCAGGGUUGAACGGCAGCCUUUGGAUGGGUAACGUACCCAGUACAGUGAAGCACUGCCUGAGCUAUGAGCAACUCAUCCAGGAUUACCCAUGGCUGAAACGCUGGCUGCUGGAGGAGAAGACUAUAACAGGACAUGAGUAUCCAGAGUUUGUUAAAAUAGUUGAAGUAGGACCACGAGAUGGACUUCAAAAUGAAAAGGAAAUUGUUCCAACAGGGGUGAAAAUCCAGCUGAUAGACAUGCUCUCGGGAACAGGCCUGCCGGUGAUCGAGGCCACCAGCUUUGUCUCUUCAAAGUGGGUACCGCAGAUGGCAGACCACACUGAUGUACUCAGAGGAAUUCAGAGAGCACCUCAUGUUCGGUACCCUGUUUUGACACCUAACAUGCAAGGCUUCCAGGAUGCUGUUGCAGCUGGUGCUACUGAAGUGGCGGUGUUUGGGUCAGCGUCUGAAACCUUCAGUAAAAAAAAUAUUAACUGCUCUAUUGAUGAAAGCAUGCUGAGGUUUGAGGAAGUCAUUAACACUGCCAAAGAGCAACAGAUUCCAGUUCGUGGAUAUGUGUCUUGUGCCCUUGGAUGCCCCCACGAGGGACACAUUGAACCUUCCAAAGUGUCUGAAGUGGCAAAGAGGUUAUAUGAAAUGGGCUGCUAUGAGAUUUCCUUGGGGGAUACCAUCGGUGUUGGUACUCCAGGUUCCAUGUUGAAAAUGCUGCAGAGUGUGAUGAAGGAGGUGCCCGCCCACGCUCUCGCAGUUCACUGCCAUGACACCUAUGGGCAAGCACUGCCCAACAUCCUUACUGCACUUCAGAUGGGGGUCUGUGUGGUGGACUCUGCAGUAGCUGGCCUGGGAGGUUGCCCAUACGCUCAAGGUUCAUCUGGCAAUGUUUCAACAGAGGAUGUUCUCUACAUGCUCCAUGGCAUGGGCAUUGAAACUGGUGUGAAUCUUGCCAAAGUUAUAGAGGUUGGUGACUUCAUCUGCAAUGCUUUACGUCGCAAGACAAACUCCAAGGUUGCCCAGGCAAGAGGCAGAACACUGUGAAGGGAAUAUCUUUAAAUAUUAACUUUUUUACUCAACAUUUUAAGUGCUUCCCCUGUCGUCGCUGCAUUCAGAUAUGUUGCCUUUGCGUCAGAUAUGUGUCACAUUCAACUAAUAUAAACUGGCCUUUUUAAAAUCCAAAUGUAUUCACUUCUGUUUUCAAACUUUCUCAUACUUAUUUUGAGCAGACAUGGGCACUGAUUAAAUAUCAGUCACUUUUAUUACGUUGCAUAGCUCAGUGGCCUUAUAAAAUAAAUGAACAGAAUAAGACUUUUAUUAGUUUUUCCAACCCACUGAACUUUAUCCAAUAUCACCACAUGGGUGUUGCGUUUUAACAAAUAGAGAAAACAAACAACAACAAGAAAAAGCUGUGUUCUGCUUUGUAAACAUGAAUAGCUUUAAUGCACUUUACUCCUCCGAAGACCUUUUCGGCUCUCAUUCUAGGUCAGGUCCUCUGAGAAUAGCAACUGAAAAACAAGACUUCUAUCAAACUACGAAAAAAAUAAGACCUUGUCAAAAUAGUUUUUGCCCUCAGGUUUGCCUAAAAGCAUAAAGAAAGUGCCCCUUGAUCAUGUUUGUGCCAUUAAAAAAAGCUUUUACCAUUACACAACCUAGCGUCUGUGAGUGUAGUCUGUGAAAGUGUCAAAUGUGUUUCUUCCGUGUAUUUAAAUCCUGUGUGCUAUCUGUAAAAACUAAAAAAUAUAAACAUUACAAUGGAAAAUGACAAUAUUUUCUAAUUAAAUGUAAUGCAAGACAAGAUGGCAAGUAUAAAUAGCUUUUAUAUAAAUGUAUAUAUAUAUAUUGUGUUUGAGAAUCAUUAUCAGGUUUUUGUCUUUUCAUGUGCUGGAGAUUACAAUGAUCCAAAUAAA